UUGUUUCAGAGGUUUACUUCGAAGUGCUUUAUUUGGUUCAGGAAAGAUGAGCAGGGAACUUCUAGAAAACAACCAUUAAGUUGGCAUAUUUCCUUCAUUAAGUCACUUGCUGAAUUUUCACGAAUUCCUAUUGUAGUGACGAACCAAGUGAGAUCUCAAAGCCAAGAUCAGGCCUGCCAGUAUUCCUUUCAAAUGCAUAACAAGAGGGAGACUUUAGAGACUUCUGCAACAUAUGAUACACACCUUGUUGCUGCUCUGGGUAUUAAUUGGGCUCACGCUGUCACUAUUCGUCUUGUGCUGGAAUCUAAAUCAGGUCAGCGGUUUAUUAAGUUAGCAAAAUCUCCAUUAUCUCCCCCUCUUGCUUUUCCUUUCCAUGUAACUUCAUCUGGGAUUUCCUUGCUAAAUCAUGAUGGAAUAGAACUUACGGGACCAGAGAUAAACUCAAUUCACCAUCAAGGGCACAAUGAAAUAAUCAACUUUGGAGUUGAAGGCGUGCAAUGAUCUGCAGGGUAGAAGCUGUAGGGUCUACGUUGCAAGAAGUUUAUGAUACUAUGAAACUGUUCAAGCUCAUUUGAGCCAAUGUCCUCAUCCACCCUGAGAGAAACAUCAAGGAUGUGCUAGAAUCCUUGUUCUUAUGCCCCACAACAUCAUCAAACCUUACAGGGUAAGUCCAAGUUUCCACAACCAUAUUGACAAUCUCAAAUUAUCUUAACUAUGUAUAAAUGUAUAGCGUCAAGGACAGUUUUUCAUGCCAAAUCUCUGAAGUUGCUUCUGAGCUAUAUAUAUUAUCAUAGAAGGAUCCAAAUGCCAUUUAGAAGAAGGCAAACAAAUUUACCUAUCUUUCAAUGUUUGUCCCACCUUCAUAAAUAUUUUGAUUCAUG